AUGGGUCAACGAAGGUCUGUAGUAGCAGUUAGCGUAAAACCCAAAUGCUUUAAAUUAGGGCAUAGACAGGGCUCCACAUCUUCGACGUCUCCACCUCCAUCCUCACCGGAUGUUAGUAUAAGUACAUCAGGAUCGCCAGCUGUUAAGUUGUCUAGGAAUUGGGAGUUGCCACAGCGGCUAAAACCGGGUCGCAAACCAAAACCAAAACGUGGAGAUGCAUCAGCUAACAAUAAUGCUUCAUCUAAGAUAAAGAAGGCUCCAGCUUCCAAUCAGAAUGACCAAAUGACUACAAAAGAUAAUGGGAACGAAGAUGCAAAUAGUCACCUAGGAAAAUCUGAUGAUGAAGGCAACGAAAGUGGUGAUGAAAACGGUGUCGAUAGCGUGGAAAAACGAAGGAGGCAAAAUAGAGAUGCUCAAAGGGCGUAUAGGGAACGCAGAACAACAAGGAUCCAGGUGCUGGAAAAAAAGGUCGAGGUGCUACACAACUUGGUUGAUGAUUGGCAAAAGAAAUAUAAACGGCUGGAAUCUGAGUUUUCCGACACAAAGGAAAACUUACAAAAAUCAAUGGCAUUGAACAAUGAAUUGAAAAAAGCCUUGCCUUUGAUUGUCAAUACUCCAUUUCAGCAACAGCCAGAGAACCAGCCGGACAAUCCUAUUUCGAUAUUAGAAAUGGUGGAAAACUUUAAACCAAUGGGCGCUGUCAAUCUGAAAAAGAGGAAAGUUGAAGGAUCUUUGUCAACAUCUCAUAUGCCCACGUUAUUAACGGACCAAUCUUUAUCUGAGAUUGAUAUAGCCAACGAUUAUCAAUAUCUGAGCGGCAGACAGUUUAGUUCAACGAAUUCAUCCCUAGAUGACCAUGCAAAUUCACCUCUGUCUUCAUGCAGCAGCAGUAACAAUGUGUAUGUAGGUAGCGGCAAUAAAAAACUCAAAUGUUGCGGGAAUAAAGAUGCCAUGAAACCGAUAACAUGUUGCAGCCAAAAGAAUAACAUAACACCACCCCUCAUCCCCGGUUGCUGUGCAGAUAAGAAAGUAGGACCUGAUAGCAAGAAAAAGAUAUCGAAAUGCUGUGGGGACAAAGAAAUCGAAGACAGUGACAAUAAACCCAUCACUAGAGAGGAUGGAUCAUGGAUACCUGGAAGCUGUAAACAAUGUAGAUCCGACCCCCAUAGUAAGAAUUUUUGCCAAUCACUUUCGAAUAAACGUAGUUCAAGCUCCUUCCCUUCCAACAGUGCGUUGUCAGCGGAUCUAAAUGAACAACAAUCUGACGUGAAUUACAAUUCAAUUAAGCUGCCCGAAAUAUGCUCCUGCAAGAAUGCACCAACGAAUGCGGCUUCCGAUACAAAGAAGUAUCUGCCGAUCAGUUACACAUACCAAAAAAUCCGUCAACAUAUGCAGAAAAAUAAAAGCAUCCAAGAACAACUUAAUACUGAAGAUUCAGCUUCGGUUUCAUCAGCGUUAGAGAACCUUGCAUCUGGAUUGAAUGUUCGCGGGCAGAAAGUAGAAUUGCAAAGCAUCAAGGAUGCAUUACACAAGAUGGAUAAAAACGUCUUGGAGUGA